GAUUAACUAGGUGAGUGGAUCCCUGACUGUUGGACCCACUUUGAUGUAUUUUCCUUACAUCCACGCCGUUCACAAGUUUUUACAGAUAAUUUUAGGGCACAAUACCAAAAAUUAAGAAGAUAAAAAUCUAAUGUGGACCACACAACAGGAAGUAGUGGAGAUUGAAUACCCAACACUAAAAACUUCUCCGGGGCCACUGGAAUUUUUAUUUUCCAUCCAACCUAUUGAUAAGGUUACAAAGACCUGGAUGAAGGGACCACAUAAAUAUCAGAUUCAUAAAAAUCUUUUCUGGCCGACAAUAAGUUUUUAAUGGUCAAUCACCAGUGUUUCCUGUGGUAGGAUCCGCCUGAGAUUUGGAUCUUCUUAAUUUUUUGGAUCAUAUACUAAAAUCAGCCAUAAAAACGGAUGGACGGUGUGGAUUUAAUAAAUUUACAUCAAGGUGGGCCCCACAGUCGGGGAUCCACCCACCUAGAUGCAUCCGGGUGAUCUGGGUAUACACCGAAGCCACGCCCCUCCUUCAUUCCCAACGUGUUCGGAAGCUUGAAUUCUUAUAACCACCAAAACUACCUCGCAUUCUCCGCGCGCGCAUAUACACCGAAACAAGGUGUAUAUUCCUUCUUCUCCCGUCCCAUUCCUCCAUCCUUCUCUUUCAUUCCUCCCAAUAAAAUAAAAGAGAAAUCUGAUCUCCUUCUCUUUCCCAUCGAAAUCACACCAGUUUCAGUCCAACACUCCAAACCCAAGCUCUUGUUAUAAACACAGCAUUCCUUGAUUUUGAAGUCUUUCGUCUUGUCUCUCGAUGUAUAUAUCCCUGGAUAGACUUUCAUUUGUAGUAUAAAAUCACUACCCUUUUUCAAAAAUUCAUCAAAAUCAGCUUCUGGGUUUUGUUCUCCAGCCCUUAUUCUGUAACACCAGGGAUGUUGGGUGGUGAGUGUUUGGAAUGCGAGAAUUCGAUGGUAUCUUCAGAUACAUUUGAGAAUUGCGGAUUUGGUGGUGAAGAUGGGAAUUGGGUUUCGUCGAGGGAAGGGAAAGGGAAGAGAUUGUGGAAGAAAGUGAAGUAUCAACUUGUUGAGUACCAUUCCUUGCCUGGUUAUUUGAGGGAUAAUGAAUUUAUUGUGGGUCAUUACCGAUCAGAGUGGCCGUUGAAACAGGUUUUCCUCAGCAUAUUUACAAUUCACAAUGAGACUCUCAACGUCUGGACGCAUUUGAUUGGAUUCUUCCUUUUUCUCUCUCUUACAAUAUAUACUGCAAUGAAGAUCCCAAGGGUGAUGGAUCUUCAUUCUCUCCAGCAUCUGCCUGAUGUUCUGAUGAGGACUGAUCUGCACAAAAUGCAUUCCGAACUCUUGACUUGCCUUCCGUCAAUACCCAACAUGUCCGAUUUGCAGAGAUUGAGGGAUGAAUUGAAGACAUCCAUGCCUUCUUUGGACUUGCUUCCAUCGUUGUCUGGUUGGCAUGUUCCUGAACUUCUUACCAACUGCUUGCCAGAGAGAUUUUCCCAUGCAAACCACACCGAUGUAUGCGUUCUGCGGAGCAUGAAAGACGAUGUGGCCAAUAUGAUAACACCCUUACUGGUGAGGCCAAUUACACGCUGGCCCUUCUUUGCUUUUUUAGGUGGGGCCAUGUUCUGCUUGCUGGCCAGCAGCACGUGCCACCUCCUCGCCUGCCACUCCGAGCGCCUCUCCUCCAUCAUGCUCCGCAUUGAUUACACCGGCAUUUCCGCCCUUAUUGCAACAUCCUUCUACCCGCCGGUCUACUACUCUUUCAUGUGCGACCCGUUCUUCUGUAACCUCUACUUGGGCUUCAUAAAUGUUCUUGGGAUCGCCACAGUCAUGUUCUCGCUGCUACCAGUCUUUCAGGGCCCCAAGUUCCGGACCGUGCGGACCAUCCUCUUCUUCAGCAUGGGCCUAUCAGGGGCAGCCCCCAUACUGCACAAGUUGAUCUUGUUCAGGCAUCGGCCUGAGGUGGUCCACACCACUGUAUAUGAGAUACUGAUGGGAGUUUUCUACGGGGUGGGGGCACUGGUCUAUGCAACCCGAGUGCCGGAGCGGUGGAAGCCCGGGAAGUUCGACAUUGCUGGGCACAGUCACCAGCUGUUUCAUGUGCUGGUUGUCGCAGGUGCAUACAUGCAUUACCGUGCGGGCUUGGUGUACCUUAAGUGGAGAGAUUUGGAAGGGUGUUAAUGGUAAUGAGAGAUUGGUUAUGGAGAAGAUCUCUCUGUUGUAAAGUGCACAAAUAUUGGGACUGUGACUGUAGAUAAGCUGUCAAUGGUCAGUUGGGUCAUGCACCAUUUUAGAUUUGAACAAGUGGGGCAGGUUUGGCAAUGGGUUCCACUUUCUUAAUUACUGUUUGAGGUGUAGAUUAAUUUGGAAAACGCAUUUGGAUGGAGUGUUUUGAUUUUGGAAUUGAUCAUUGUCCAUUGAAGUCUAAUUAGAGUGGUUAUUGUAGAAGAUAACUAUCUUGCAUCAAUGUCUACUUGUAGGACUCUGAAUCCAGAAUCUCCCUACAU